AUGAGUGCUAACCCUUCAAUUGAAAACCUUUCCGUGCUCCAGCAUGGAAGCUCGAAUCCCCAUCCGUUGUACUCGUCGAGUCAGAUCAACCCAAACAACUCUAUGACGAACUUGCUGAAUGUCUCGAAUUCAAAGCAUUUCUACCAGCCUGCUCCAUCCAAGAGGAUCAACUUGGCCAACUACAACACGCUGCCUCGUAGCCAAGUGCAGCUUCCGUUAACUCCUCCUUUGUCGAAAUCAUCGUCACCUAUCAGGGAAACUCGUAAACCUUUUGCCAACACCAGUUUCACAUCUGCAACGUUAUCGGCUUCCUCCAAAUGGUAUCUCAGCUGGCUACCUCCGAUAGACGUGAAGGUUCUGGUGUUGUGUAUCAACUGGUACUUGUUCUCCAUAGUGUCGUCCAAUUCCACUAAGAUUAUCUUGACGAACUUCAAGUACCCGAUUACAUUGACAGAGUUCCAGUUCUUCCUCAACUUCUCUAUGUGUUUGUUGUUGUUGGUUGUAUUGGGUUUAAAGCCUGAUUUGAUACCGUAUUUCCCUCGUGGUGUCCUUCCCAAGGAUUUGUCCAUAAGUAAAUUCGUGGUACCUACCCCAUUGAUCUUGUCGACAACGUUGCCAAUGGGGGGCUUCCAGUUCAUCGGGCACUUGACAAGUCAUAAGGCUACGUCGUUAAUUCCUGUUUCAUUAGUUCAUACUGUCAAAUCGUUGUCUCCAAUGGUAACAGUCAUGAUUUACAGAGUCUUGUUUAAAGCCAAGUAUAGAAUGGUCACUUACGUCACGUUGUUGCCCUUGAUUGCAGGAAUCAUGUUGACUUGCUACAAGAAGUCGUCUUCUUCGGGAGGUAAUGGCAGCUACUACGUCACUGGUUUGGUGUAUGCCUUUGUUUCAAUGUUGAUCUUUGUCUCGCAAAAUAUCUUUGCCAAAAAGAGAUUGACUAUCGAACCAGAAAAGUUGUUGCCUUCCAACAAGAGCGAGGAUGACGAAAAAGUCGACAAGUUGACCAUUUUGUUCUACUGUUCCCUCAUUGGUUUCACAGCCACCAUCCCUGUAUACUUGUUCCUGGAACUUUUCUCGAACGAACACUUUUCGUUGACGCAGUUGACAAGCUCGACAUUUUUACUUAUCCUCAUGAAUGGAUGUAGCCACUUUUUCCAGUCGUUGCUUGCGUUCCAAAUCUUGGGCAUGGUUAGUCCCAUCAACUAUUCCAUCGCCAAUAUAUUGAAGAGAAUCUUCAUCAUCUCCAUCUCGUUCUUCUGGGAAAGCAAGAAUUUCUCGAAUACCCAGCAACUCGGAUUAGUCCUCACUAUUUUCGGCUUGUACUGUUACGACAGAUGGGGCACUUCCCGUUAG